AUGAUCACAGACUCACCUACGGCGCCUCAGAACACCAAGAAAGCGAACAUUCAAAAUACCUUGGUCGCAAACGCAGCCCUGACCCGGCAAUCUGAGUAUCGAAUGGCUUCCCUUGCCGAUCUAGACGGCGUGCCGAUCGACCUCGCAAACCAUCUUCUCGAUCUCCACUGGAAUCGACAGCAUCACACUUUUCUUUUAACUUAUCGACCCGAGAUAACUAGAGGGAUCCUAGAAAACGGUGAAUUUGGAUCAAAAUUCCUCUUGAACAGCAUCUUCGCAUGUGCCAGCAAAUUCUCAACAAGACCUGAAGUCCGUGAGUCCGGCCCUCGCUUUUUCCGCCGCUGCGAAGAGAUUAUGAGCACCGAAAACCUCCUUUUGCAUCCAAGCCUCCCCACCAUUGUGGGCCUGCUACUACUUGGAUCGACAUUCGUAGCUCGAGGAGUGACCACAAAGGGUUGGCUCCUUACCGGGUAUGCGUUGCGGAUGGUCUACGACCUCGGGCUUCACAUUGACCGCAAAGGCGCAGAAAACGACAUCAUUGAAUCUGAAGUUCGUAAGCGCAUAUUCUGGGGUGCUUUUGUGUGCGAUAAGCUCCAGAGCCUGUACCUGGGCAGACCAUUUGCCAUUAAGCUGCGGGAUGCACAUGUCUCGCUGGAGCUGAAUGAUAUCAUGGAGGAGCACGAGCUUUGGACCCCGUACGACGACCAAAAGGCGGAAUCAGCAGGGGAUACUAUGCGGUUUCCGACAUACUCUGUGUCAUGCUUUCAACGGUUGUGCCUUCUUUCCAAAAUCAUGACCCGUAUCAUCGAUGAGUUUUAUGUGGUUGGAGCUACGGUUUUAAGUGCCCAGUCCAGUCUCCGCAGUAUCGACGACCUCCUUCGACAGUGGGAGAUAAAUCUGCCUGAGGGGCUGCGACUCGGCCCAGAGCGUGAUGCGUCGCCUACAUUCCGACAUGCCCCUAACGUCCUAUGUUUACACAUUAUCCACAAUGCAUUAAUCAUUCUUCUCCAUCGUCCGCUGGUUGCAGACGGCCACUUGAGAUCUGCUUCGCCUCCCGCUGUGUCUUGGAAGCGCUGCUCAGAAGCUGCGGAGAGGAUCACUCUGAUUGUCUCCUCGUACCGUUGCCUGUAUACCCUGAGAGGAGCGCCAUAUCUCAUCAGCUACGGCCUUUAUGUAGCGUGUACUAUUCAUGUGCGAAAUAACGGGGCAACUACCAAUGAAAUUGCCAGUGAAAACAAAAGCAUUCUGGAGCGCAGUGUUCGAUGGCUCGAGGAGCUUGCGGUUCCCAAUCCGGCGGUUUCGAGGACGGUCUGCAUCAUUCGCAAAUUGAUGGAAGCGCGCGGCGUACGUCUGGAGCCAGAAGCUGAGCCUAUUGGUAUUAUCUCAGGAGAAGAAACAUCGUGCAUCACCGAAAGUAAUCGAGAGAACGAGUUUAAUUGUGAUGGAGUGGUAGCGGGGAUGAACUCUUGGAAUGACCCACAAUUUUUGGUCAAUGAGUGGGAUGAAUCCUUCUCUGAUGAUCUUUUAUACGGGUUCAUGGAUCAGCAGGUUCCCUUUGAUGACCCGAUACCUGAGUUUGACAUUGGUUCCUUGGGUCAGAUUUAG